CGCGGCAACCCUGUCGGGUGUAGCGUUAAGUUAAGCUGUCAGAUAUAAAUAAAAAUAAAAAGCAUACAAAUUCAAUAGAAAUUAGUGCGACAUUGACACAAACUAACAAAAAAAAUUAUUUGCAACGCCAUGUGCGUUUGCAACAACGCUUAAGAGAACGGAAGUGAGACCAAUAAUUAAACUCGUAACUGGAGCACGGCUGAGGGCAACCCACACUCCAACCCCCAAACGCACUUUGGAGUAUAUGCCUGAGUGUGUGUGUGAGUGCGUGUGUGAAAAAGGGAUAAGCUGGUAGAGACUGCAGAAUGUAUUGGAAGUAUGUGCUGAUACUUAGCGCACUGGUUGCGCUCUGUCUAGGCGCUCUAAGCGAUCCAUACAAGGAGCUGGGCGUAAGUAAAUCAGCCUCCACACAGGACAUACGCCGUGCAUACAAGCAAUUGGCCAAAGAGUGGCAUCCGGACAAGAGCAAUCAUCCAGAUGCAGAACAAAAGUUUGUGAGAAUCAAUAAAGCCUAUGAGCUGCUAAGUGAUAGCGAUAGACGAAGACUAUACGAUCGUCAUGGCAUUACCAGCGAGGAUUCACAUUAUCUAAAGCAAAAGCAUGAUUACAGCGGCUACAAUCGCUUUGGCUCUGACCCAGUUGAGGAAUUCUUCGGCAAGCACUUUAACUUUGACCAGGACAUAAGUCUUUAUCACAAGCUGUCGAUUACAUCCAACUAUUUUGAUCAAACUGUUUUACCAAAGAGCAAAAACAAAUUGCACAUUGUAAUGUUUUACAACGACUGGUGCUUUGGCUGCAUACGCAUAGUGGGCGCCUUUAAGAAACUAAUCGAUACGUUUGAACCUUUAGGCGUAACCUUUGCAACGGUCAAUGCGGCGCACGAGCCUGCCGUGCUGCGUAAGUCCGGCGCAGAUGACAUACCAAGAAUGGUAUUGGUUCUAUCUGGUCACUGCUAUGUCUAUCGCGAGAACAUUUAUACACAACAAAAGCUUGCCGAGUUUAUACGCAAGAAAAUGCCUUUUAAGAUUGGCCAACGUAUUAACGAUGACAAUAUUGAUGAAUUCCUGAAUGGCUGGCAGGAUAAUCGCGUUAGAGCUUUAGUGCUUGAGCCCAGAAGUGUGACACGCCUGAGAUAUUUAAUCUCUGCCUUUGCUUUUCAUGAGCGUGUGGCCUUUGGCUUUGUGGAUUUGACUAGUCAGUACUGUAAGCAGUUGUUGGAACGCUUUAAAGUUAAUCCCAAGUUGGAUACACUGUUUCUUUUUAAUGAGGACUCAGUACGCGCUGUGGCCAGCAUAUCCAUGGCGGAUAUACCUACGCAAACCUUGGAUAAUAUCAUAGCCGCCAAUCAGUAUUUAUCACUGCCUAGACUUUCCUCGCAAGAGGUGCUUGAAGGCGUUUGUCCAGCCGAAUGGAAUAGACCACGAAAACGCUUGUGUGUCGUUUUGAUUACCGAAAACUCACCUGAAUACGAUAUGGCCAGAGGUGCCUUAAGACACAUAGCCUUGGAGAGUGGCUAUAGUAUGGAUCGUGUGAGAUUUGCGUACAUGUUCAAAGAAAAACAAGCCGACUUUUUGAAUGCCAUAUCCAAGGGCUCGUUUGAGGAUAAUCUGCUGCGUUUGGUAGUUAUCUGGCGCAGAGACAGCACACAAAUUAAAUAUGAGUGGGUAGAUGGCGCCAAGUUGGAUAUAAAGUCGGCAGACUACAACAAUAACUCAGCUAUAAAUGCUACCAAACAUGAGAUUAACUUAACCAUACAACGUUUACUCAAAACUUCGGAGGCUUUAACCUAUGAGGCCUUUGUACAAAAUCUACUGGACGAACAUGCUCAGGGUAUACUAAGUAAAUGGAUAACCAGAUUGCUAUAUAUGGCGGAUUAUCUAUCAGAUAAUGUUGAAGAUGAGCAUUUGUUUGCUGCGUUAUCAUUGCUUGGCACUAUAGCGUUUAUGUUCACCGUAGGCUAUAUUAUGAUGUAUUUUGUACGUGCCGAGGAAGAGUCCUUGAAAGCACAAGGUGCCAUCAAUGAGGAUGCAUGCAAAAAUAAGCUUGCCAAAGUGCAGCCAGAAUUGAAGCUCUAUGAACUUAGAGCUGAGAAAUACAAUGGUCUAGUUAGACUAUUAAAACCCGGUUGUCGCACUAUAUUACUCAUAACCGAUCUACAAAGUCGCACCAAGCUUAUACCACCCUUCCAUCGUGCUGUUUGGCCUUAUAGACGCACCAAGACUUUAUUAUUUGGUCAUAUGCUUAUAGAAAAAGGCUUACCCUGGUAUACAGAGCUGCUGCGUCUCUCACUUUGCACAAAUCAACAGCUCCAAAUUAAUCCGCGCAACUGUGUGGGCACCGUUAUAGCUUUGAAUGGACAUCGCAAAUAUUUUUGCGUCUACCAUGCCAAGCAUCCGGAAUGCGCACGCGGUAAUAAGCGCAUGAUUAAGAUGACCAAACAGCUUUUGGAUCGCAAUGACGAUCCUGAAAUAGGCAACUUUCUGGGCGUCAACUAUUCAGAGGACUCUGAAUCAGAAACAAAUGUGCUCUUUGAGGACAACUUGCUGGAUGGUCUUAGCAAUUGGUUGGAUCGCUUAUUCGAAGGCACCACACAUCGUUAUUAUAUUAACUACUGGCCCGACUUUCCUACAAAGUAAAACUUCUCCCCUCCGCUUACCAAAACCAAAUGCAAUGCAAUAUCUAACAAAAAUGUAAAUUACUUGUACUUGGACACAACACAAACACUGCUUUUGACUUCUCUCCAACUGACUGAAAUACACAAAAACAAGCCAGGCACAAUUUAAUCUAACGCAACAGCUUUGCCUUUCGAUGAAAUUGGAUGAAUAAUAAUAUAUUGGUGUACUGCUGGACCAACAAAGAGAAUUAGAAACAAUUUCCUGUAGUGUUCUCCAAAAUGAAAAUUUGCAUAAAGUUUGUAUUGUAGUU